AUGGACAAUAUUACCUCCAUCUUCGAUACUUGUCCAUUAUACCUAUACAAUCCUUUGGAUAUCACCCUUCUCGGGUUCUACUAUCCAACGUACAAUCGUAAAAAGAACUGCAAAGUGUACAAGCCGAUUACUCAGCUGGUGGAUGGGUAUGUGCUGUUGAGCAACAACGCAUCGAAUCACACAUGCCAUGCCAGAUGUAUCUUCCCGAAAAAGGAUAGAGGUUAUUUGGGUACACUCUGGGUAAAAGUCCCAUCGGUGGACAGGCUUGAAUGUGAUAUUGUUGAGACAGAAUGUAUCAAAGAAGAUAUUCUGGAGUCAUUUCUACAUACGCAAAUCUUUGAACAGAAGUCGCUACCGAAGACGCUUGAAUAUCUUCAAGAAACGAUGGGUGGCGUUCAAAUGGAGUUCCUGAACAAAGUUGGCGACAACAGUCGUCCAAAUGGAUUUCCUCUUGCAUUCGGAACGCCCAAAGUUGCCCAGGUAUGGCCAACGACGCUGGCACACGAAACUCUGAAAGAUCUCUACCAUGCAGACGUACAAUUCCUCGAAUUUUUCCAGAGGAAUCGUGCCAUCAUUGAACGCUCCUUCUUCUUCUUCAUGGGCGAUCACGGACCACGAAGAGACGGUAUAGGCAAUAUUCGUCUUGGUCAGUACGAGAACUUGAACCCAUUCCUCAUGGUUAUCAUUCCUGCUGCUUAUCGCAGUACGCCGAUGCAUUUGCAACUGAAACAGAAAGUGCUUCAACUAAUGACCAACUUCGAUAUUCACGCAACGCUCAUGGAUAUCCUGAAGCUGGAACCGCCUUCCGAGUUUCGAAACACGUCAUAUCGCUCCAUGGAACCGUUAAGCAAAGGAUCAUCACUUUUCAGAGAAUGGAGAGGACCCAGAAAUUGCCGUACUCUUCCCAUACCAUCUCAGUAUUGCAUAUGUCAAUAUGAUUGGACAAAUGUUGAUAACCAGACGGUCCAGUUGGAACUCGGUGAAUUCUUUGCCGAACAACUCAAUUUACAAUUGACAAAUGGCGGUGUGAUGGAAAAGUGUCAAAGGCAGUUCUACAAUCGGAUAUCGUCUAUGAGGCAACUAUACGACCGAGAUGAACUACUCUAUGACGUGGUAGUGUACUUGUCUCCAUCAAACGGCCUUUUUUCGGUGGGUGACUUCUAG